AUGAAGUUAAUCGUCUUUUCAUUAUUUUUGGUGUUAUUGUUUAUGAAUAGCAUCAAAGCAGCAGAAAUUAAGAAAACCAUCACUGUCGUCCCAAGCGCGACAAACGAUCCUAAAAAGGCUAACGAAGCGCCGCGACAAAGUCAUUGCUAUUCUAACCAAUUCGAAUGCUCGAAUGGCCAGUGUAUCGAUUCAAACUUAAUAUGUAAUCGCGAAAGAGAUUGCAGAGAUGGUAGCGAUGAAUCUUUUUCGACUUGUUCUCUUGUUAGUAAAAUGACAACUACUACACCAAGAUACGUAGAGAUCAAUAUGGACGCUCGACCCGAGUUCACGUGUUUGAACGGUGAGUUUCUCUGCACGAGUGGUGAGUGUAUUUUACAAAGUCGUAUCUGCAAUGGACGUCACGACUGUCAAGAUGGUAGCGACGAAGGAUCAACGAUAUGUAAUUCAAAUAAGAGACAAUGUCUUACCACUGAGUUCCGUUGCGACAGUGGUGAAUGCAUUCAUAUGGAACUCAGAUGCGACGGUUCCAAUGAUUGCUACGAUUCAUCUGACGAAGACUUUUCACUCUGUCAUAGGAUUAUCAAUCAAGGGCGUGAAUCUAUUGAUAACACUCACGGAGUUAUACCUCUCGAAAUGAGCAGCACUGAUGGCUCUAAGAAAAAGCCUACUCCCUGCGUUGUCCCAAUUCAGCCGACUAAUGGAUGGUGGAAGUUGCACCAAUCGCAAUGUGACUCUGGUAGUGAAUGUAAUCCACCAGAUCAUACGAGAAGCAUGGAUCCGGGCACUUAUCUUGUGUACAGCUGCGAUCACGGUUUCGCAAUCAAUGGUAGUAAAGAUGUACUAUGCGGACCUGGUGGUCAAUGGAUUCAUGAGCCCAAAUGUGAUGAAAUCAGAUGUCACGAGCUUAGCUCCUCUACGACCGAAGCUCUCUGCACGUGGAACAACGUAGCUGUGUCUUGUGAAAUUCCAGCACCAGUUGGUACAACUGCUCAACUGAAGUGUCGCGAAGGUUUUAUGCAGGACAUUACAUUCGAGCAAGUCUAUAAGAACGUCAAGUGCCAAGCCGAUGGAAAAUGGAAUCCUCAACCUAUUCAGUGUAAUAAAAAACCUAGAAAAGUGAAGCUUAUACUGGAAGGUGUGGCAAUUUUUGAGGAUUAA